AUGAGCUUUCUCGCCAUUGAAGGGUAUCAUGUGUUGGUCACUGGCGCAGCCGGUGGCAUUGGUCAAGAAGCCGUCAAGGAAUUCCUAGGGCAAGGAUGCAAAGUGACUGCGCAUGAUCUUCGCCAGAUCCCUGCGCCUUCAUCUGCCAAUGAGUCCAACUUUUUCUCCGUCAAUGGAGAUAUUUCAUGCGAGUCAUCGGUGGCUUCGUGCAUUCAAUCUGCCGUCGAGCACUUUGGCCCGAUCAACAUCUUGAUUGCUAAUGCCGGCAUUACCGAUGAAUCGUCCGAUUAUAAUAUCUGGGAGAUCCCAGUGGACGUCUGGGAGAAAACUUACAAGACCAACAUCCGAGGCACAUUCCUGGCCAUCAAACACUUCCUGCGAAACGCGGUCGAGGCCCAGGCGGCCGCCGGUCACGCCGAGUUGGAGAACCUGGCUAUCGUUGUCACUGGGUCCGAGACAGGCAAGUUUGGUCAAGCUGGACAUGCUGAAUAUGCCUCUGGAAAGGCAGGUCUUCAGUAUGGACUGGUACGCAGCGUGAAGAAUGAGAUUGUGAAGAUCAAUUCAAAGGCGCGCAUCAAUGCUGUCGCACCUGGAUGGGUCGAUACACCAAUGAUCACUGGGCGACUGAAUGAUCCGACGGAGUUAUGGAACGAAGCUCAGGCUACCGUGCCUCUGAAGAAGAUUGCACAGCCUCGGGAUGUCGCGCGAACCAUGGCAUUCUUGGCCAGUCACCGAGCUGCGGGCCACAUCACUGGGCAAUGCCUCUCGGUGGACGGAGGUAUGGAGGGUCGCGUGGUAUGGAGAGCUGACGAGGUACUCGGGAAGGCGAAAGCGGCUUCCACGAACUUACCGACGACUGUGACAAGUCCUCCGACUAUCAAGGCCAAGAAGCGUCGCAUUCAGAUCUUGCUCUCGGUCGACUUUGAUGCAGUGUCGGGAUUCCUCGGAACUGGAGCGUCAGAGACCAACAGCCUGUCUGAUUACAGCAGUGGCUAUUUUGCAGCUCAAGUGGGGGUCCCACGUCUCCUACGGCUAUUCAAAAAGCACGACAUCUCCUCGAAAGUGACCUGGUUCGUGCCCGGUCAUUCACUCGAGUCAUUCCCGAAUGAGACCAAGGCAAUCGUGGACUCAGGCGCCGAGGUCGGAUGUCAUGGAUACUCUCAUGAAGGCGCCAACCAGAUGACCGAGGAACAAGAGCGGGAUGUAAUUGCCAAGUGCGUUCAGCUGGCGACGGAGUUGACUGGGAAGAAGCCCCGUGGGUGGAGAGCACCCCUGUAUCUACUGAGGGAACAUACCGUGAAGGUCUUGGAGGAACAUGGAUUCCUAUACGAUACGUCCCUCACCCAUCACGACUCAGCUUUAUACUUCCUUCCUCAACUUCCACCCAUCAAGCCCAUCGACUUUUCCCCCUCCCAACCGGCAACCACAUGGAUGAAACCGCUGGCGUCUCCUGGUCCGCGGACGGAAAAGACGCUGGUGGAAAUCCCCUGCAAUUGGUACAUGGAAGACAUGACUCCCAUGCAGUUUCUCCCCGCGGCGCCGAAUUCCCACGGCUUCGUCAGCCCUACGGCCAUCGAGGAGAACUGGAAGUCCCGCUUUGAAUUCCUGUACAACGAAACCGACGACUUUGUCUUCCCACUCAUUCUUCAUCCGGACACGAGUGGCAUGGCUCAUGUCAUUGGCAUGAUCGACCGGAUGAUCAGCUGGUUGAAGCAAAAGGGAGAUGAGGUGGAGUUUGUCACCUUUGAGAAUUGCGCCAAGGAGUGGAAAGCCCGACAGUCAGCAAUUGAGGAGUAG